AUGACCGUUACGCAGUACAAUGCCCAGCGCAAGCCGGGCCGGGAGCACAUCCCGCUUUACCCCAGUGCUUACAUUGUUCUGCGCAUCAUCCAGUUCGCAUUUGCCUUCAUCGUCCUUGGGCUGACGGCAUACGCGAUCGGGUACUAUAUGGACCACACGGUGUAUGACGGUCGGCCAAAAACUAGCCUGGCGCUUUCGGUGGCUGUCUUGAGCAUCGUGACCAGCAUCUACCACCUCAUCAGCUGGUUCGGUGUUCCCUUCCUCUUCAACUACUGGGCCAUCUUGAGUGUCGACAUCUUUUUCGUCGUCAUGUGGUUGGUCGGGUUUGCUCUCCUGGCAUCCGAAGCCGCCUAUUGGUAUGAUCAGUUUAAAUACUUUAGCGUGAGCGACGAGGGUAGUGCAUGGCUCGGUUCCCAAGCCGCUGGUUCUGCCGUUGGUGGUGUGGAAUUCGCGCUGCACGUUGCGACCCUCGUCAUACAUUCCAUUGCCUUGCAUCGGCACCGCAAAGCUGGUCUACACGCCAUUCCGGGCCAGGCGCCGACUGCCCCGGCCAGCAUUGCUGUACCCGUUGUGGCUCUUGCUGCCCCCGUGGUCAGCGAGAAACCUCCCGCCUACUCCCAACCUCAACCUCAAUUCGUCCUGCAGCCUCAACCGGCCUUCCAGCCGGCUCUUCAGCCGCCGUUCCAGCCGAUCUCUCAGUCCCUGCCGCCCUACCAGCCUUUCCCUCCGCAACAACAACAACAACAACAGCAGCAGCAGCAGCAGCAGCAGCAGCAGCAGCCGCCACAGCAGCCGCAGCAGCCGCAGCAGCAUCCAUCCAACCCUCAUGCUUCUUGGGUUCCCUCCCCUGUGGGCACUCCAGCUCCGCAGACGGUUGCUCCCGUGCAGGCUCAUGCGCAGGUGGCUGCCCCUAACCCUGUACCGAGCCCCUCGCCCGAAAAGCAGCCGCAGCAGUACCAGGGGUUCCCUCCGCAGGUUCAGCCUCGGCCUGCUCCGGCUCACUUCCCGGGCAUUGACGGACGUCAGGAGCUACCUAGUCCGGAGCAUGGGCCUAUGGGGCCAGGAGCGGAGCUGCCGGGUGAUGAAAAGUUUCAUUGA